AUGUACAGAAUUAUUACAAACUCUUUGCCGUUAGUUCAACUACAAUCUGAAUUACUAGAAUCUUUGGAAGUUGGUGCGGCUGAAUUGUGGAACGUUUGUAGUUCCAUUUCUACAAACCAUGCUAAUACAACAUACAACAUAAAGCUAUUUUGUAUAUUGUUGCUUAGUAUCUAUGAAUUGCUUAAUCCUAGUAUUGGUCGAUGUUUGACAAAUAUUUCAUGUAUUAUUACACUUUAUUCAAAUUCAAUCACAAAGGAUAUCAAUGAUGUAAUGAAGAAAUGCAACACUUAUUUGGAACCGAUGAUUUCGAAGUUAGUGAUACUUGAUAAGGACUCACCAUUUGAUCAACGGAAUCAAAAGCUUCUUAAUGAAUACAAAGAAAAACUGAUUAUGUUGAAUUUGAACUAUGCUGUAAUUACCAAUGAUUUUGUUUUAGCAAAAAGUUAUGCAGAAAGAAUUCUGAUUUCUUCAAUAAAAUUGGUUGAACCUUCUUUUGUUUUUGAAUGCUGCAGGGUUCUUUAUAACUCUAGUUUAACCAAAUAUCAAGAAGAAAAGCACGAUGAAGCACGGUUUUUGGUUUUGAUUGCCAUAAAAUAUUUGGAAGGGAUAUCAGUUGAGUCAACAAGGUACAGACAACGAUAUUUACACUGUUAUAUUCUACUAGUAAAAAUCUAUAAAGGAAUUGAUACAACUGAUACAAAAAACCAAGCUAAAGAAACACUUCUUGUUUUGCAGAAAAGUUUUCCAAAUUCACUUGAUAUUUACCAUAUUUAUCUUGAUAUAUGUGAUUCUGAGAAUAUUGACGGGUUGGAAGAUAUGCUUAUGCAAAUGGUUACUUCCGUGAAUUUAGAGGAAGAGUUUGAUAAAACCAUAAACUUGUUAAAACUGUGCGUUAACAAGAGUUUCAAAGGUGUCAACAAAUGCUUAGAUUAUUUAUUGACUCAUUUUAGUAAAGAACAGAAAUUUACUGAAACCAUAGUGGUUACCAAAUUUGUCACCAAUAUAUUGUUAUGUAAAAACACCGAAUCAAUGGAGAUAAUAUCGGAAUUGAGCCAGUUUAUACAAGUAAUCGAGAGAACGCUACAGAGCCAGUUAUCAAUAUCUGCCAAAUCAAGCAUCAUAGCAAUUGUGUGGUCUCAAGGAAUGAAAGAAUACAAGCUUUGUAAUUACAAAGAGAGUAUUAAAUGGUUUGAAUUGGCUCUAUCACGAUUGUUUUACAUUGAAUAUUCAGAGAACCAAGAUAGAGGGAAAAUUAUACGGGCUAUACAAAAUAACCAUUUUGAACUUGGAAAUUAUAAUGAGGUUAUUUCUAUGGUUGAACUAAUGGAUAGAGAAGAUAAACUGGCAAUUUUAACUCAGUUUAAUAUAUUCAGAUCCUAUUUGAUGUUGGGAAAUACCAACAAAGCAAUGGAAUGCAUAUGUAAAUUAACCGAGCAUGAUGCUCCACUUGCUAUUCUAACAAUUGCAGCUUGUAUUCUUGAAAGUAAAGAUAAGCUAGCACCAAGUUUUAUCAAAACUAUUUUUCUCAAGUUGGUUGAAUAUAUGUGUGGCUUUGAGUUUACUGAAGAAUAUAUUAACAAGAUUCAAUCACAUGAUAUUGUAUUCCCAGCAUGUUGCCGUUGUGCCGUGGUUAUGUAUAGCAAUGAAUUGGAAAAUAGUGAUUCUAUUGAUAUUGAUUUAUUGUCUUCACUUCGAGAGUUACUUCAAAAAAGUUGUGAAAUAGCGACUAAAUUAAUUGAUGCUAAAGCUAAAAUCUUUACAAUUAACGAUUUGGAAUGGUUUGCAAGUAAAUCAUACAAUAUUGGACUAAGCUGUUACGGGAAGGAGAAUUUAGAGCCAUCUUCAAAUGUUGCAAGUGAUUUUUGCAAGAUUAGUAUAUCAUUUAUUGAUCUAAUAACCCCAGAGAUUGAACCUUCAAGAUACCAACAAUUACUAUUAUGGAAGACCAGAGCAAAUCUUUUGAAUAUAAUGUUUACAUGUUCUAGUUAUGAUUUAAAUGCAAAUGAAUGGAACGAAAUCCGAACAAAAUGUUUGGAAUUGAAAGAAAUAAUUCUAAAGCAAAAUCAUGUGACAGAAAUAGAAUGGAAGGAAUGUCUUCAACAAGUUAUGAUAUAUCAUUUCCAGGCAGAACUAUCAGUGGGAUCAAUUCAAAGUUUAUCGACAAUAGUUGACGACUGUACAGUAUUCAAGAAUAAGAUUACAAUAGAAAUAUUUAGUAUUUUUGUUAAUUUACUUAUGGAUACAGAGCGUACAAUUGCCAAUCACACGAAAAAGCAAAUACUCAAACAGAUUAUCGAUAAAUCAUUUAGUUAUCCACAACCUGCCUUACAAAGUAAACUGAUAAUAACUUGGGUGAGACAUUUAUUUGAAUUAUGUGAACAAAACUAUGGUGAUAAUGAAAAAUCAUUACUAACAAAUUUAUAUAAAUUGAUAAAAGCAAACCAAUCAGAGAUAAUUAUUCCAACAUUUGAAAUUGAAUGGCUUGCAACCACAUGUUGGAAUUUUGGAAUAGUUUCACUAAUGUAUGUAAAAGAACAUGAACUACAAGACAAAGAAGGGGGAUAG